AUGAUAUCAGGUUUUAUUAUUUUUAUUGAUGUCAAGAAAGAAUCACCAGUGGUGGACAAAAUUCCCCGGACACAUUUGGGUAAUAUCUGGCGUAAUUAUCUACCUGAGGGUCAUCCAGACUCAGCGCCUGUACUGGAAUACCGCUUUAUAAGUCAGACGCUACAGCCGGGCCCUUCAGUUAGCUUAAAAUGCAUAGCAUCAGGGGCACCAACCCCUCACGUCUCGUGGACUCUUGAUGGAUUCCCUCUUCCGCAACACGACAGGCUGGUGGUGGGGCAGUACGUGGGUAUGGGCGGGGCUGUGGUAAGUCACGUGAACCUGACAGGUGUGAGGGCGGAGGACGGUGGCGCCUACACCUGCGUCGCCUCUAACAGGGCUGGAUCCACCUCCCACACUGCCAGGCUCAAUGUCUACGGUCCUGCUUAUGUGCGGCCCAUGUCAGUAGUGACGGCGGUGGCUGGGGAGCAGCUCCUCAUAUCCUGCCCGGCUGCCGGUUAUCCCCUGGCUCAAAUUACCUGGUCUAGAGAUGGACGGACCCUCCCCGUGACGGCCCGCCAGAACGUGUUCGAGAACGGGACGCUGGUGGUGCGCAGUGUGCAGAAGUCAGCUGACGGGGGCUCCUACACCUGCAAGGCCCAGGAUAAGCAGGGACGUACACACUCAGCCAGUGCCACUGUACAAGUCCUUGUGCCGCCCAAGCUGAGUUCCUUCACCCUGCGUCGCGACCUGGCCUUGGGGGAGAGAGUCUCUGUCCAGUGUACCGUCAACGGCGGGGACACACCUCUGGUGAUCACCUGGACUAAGGAUGGAGUGCCAGCCGAGAGCAUAACGGGGACACAGGUGCGGCCCCUGGACCAGUACACAACCAUACUCACCAUCAACCACCUGACGCCCCUCCACUCCGGCAACUACACUUGCACCGCCACCAACGACGCCGCCACCGUCCGCCACACCGCCCCACUCAACGUCAAUGUGCCUCCGUCGUGGAUUGAAGCCCCCAUGGACACCUCCGUCACCCUGGGAGGCACCGUCAUCAUCCCUUGCCACGCCCAAGGCUUUCCUACCCCGAAAGUUUCCUGGAGGAAGACCAGAGAGGACCAGCCUGGCCAGUACAGCCCCAUCUUGGGUAGCGGGAUGGGCUUAGGUGUGGGCGUGGCCUCCAACGGCAGCCUGGUGGUGGUGGGCGCGCGGGCGGAGGACGAGGGCCAGUAUCUCUGUGAGGCCUCGAAUGGUGUGGGCGGCGGCCUCUCUGCCCUUGUCAAGCUUACAGUCAAUGCACCGCCCAGGUUCGACUCAGGCCUCCAGCAGACGGUGUCAGUGAGGCGAGGUGCACGUGCCUCACUUCUGUGCCACGCCCACGGUGACCCACCUAUUACGCUUAUCUGGCAAGCCACUCACACUCACGCCCAUGACCACAGCGUGGUGCGUGAGGUGCCAGGAGGGGUGAGAGGAGAGCUGGUCAUCCCCUCUGUCAAGAUGGAAGACGCUGGAGAGUUCACCUGCACCGCCUCCAACACCUACGGCACCGACUCCUUCCUCGUCAAGCUUGUCGUUCAAGACGUGCCUGGCUCACCCCACGGGUUACGGGUGUCAGAGCGAGGGUCACGGUAUCUGAGUGUGUCCUGGCUGCCACCCACCACCACCCAUACACCCGUCGACAAGUACAUCGUCCAGUUUAAACCCACCAGAGCGUCAUGGUCAGAUGGGGAGGAGGUGGGUGUGGGCGGGGACAUGACGACGGCUAGGUUGGCGCCCUUGGUGCCUGACACACAGUACCUGGUCAGGAUCCUCGCCGCCAAUCACCUCGGCUCUUCCCCUCAUUCUGAGCCCCUCCAGGUGCGAACGGAGGGAGAAGCACCCUCGGCACCUCCUACUAGCGUACGAGCUGAUGCUCUCUCUCCAACCAGCCUGCGAGUGAUGUGGGACCCUCCUCCCCCUCACACACAUCAUGGAGACUUGUUGGGCUACAACGUCGGCGUCAGGAGGCAUGACUUGGGUGGCGAGGGAUCAUACAACUUCAGUGUGGUGGGCGUGGGUGGGGGUGGAGGUGGGCGUGAAGUGGUGUCUGGGCUGAGGGCGUGGGUGCAAUAUGCUGUGGUGGUGCGGGGCUACAACAUUCACGGCGCUGGGCCCCUAUCACUCCCUGUCAUCGUGAGGACCAUGGAGGAUGUACCCUCAGCACCUCCAGUUGGGGUUGAGUGUAGUGGAGGAGCUGGUGGGUCGUCCCUGCUAGUGCGAUGGGCGCCACCCUCCCCCAUCAACCAUAAUGGCCUCCUUCAGGGGUAUCGUCUCACCCUGACACGCCUCGACGACUCCACAGAAGAGGUGGAAGACCUGACGCGGAUGACCAAUGGGCGUGAGGAGAGCGUUGGGGGGCUGCGGCCCUGGACCAACUACACAGUGACGGUAGCAGCAGUGACCAGGGCGGGUGCCGGUGUGACCUCCCCUGACCUCACUUGCACCACCAGGGAAGAUGUGGCUGGUGCACCUGGUGGUCUCCGAGUGUUACAGUCAGGCGUGGGCGCAGCUAUACUCACCUGGCUCCCUCCUGACCCUCCCACGGGUCUUCUCCUGGGCUACACCCUUCACCACCGCCCACCACACAAUCGCUCCCCCUCCCAGCACCCCCUCCAUGCCCAUGCAACCUCUCACACGCUGACCCUCCUUGCCCAUGGCACUCACCAGUUCUGGAUGACAGCUCGUACCAGGGUUGGUGAGGGACCACCCACACCCACCGCCAAGCUCACUAUCGUUGACCAAGUACCAUCAGGGGUGGCAUCACUUGGGGGCAAGGUGGUGAUUACACAGGGGGAGGACGUUAGGUUGGUGUGUGUUACAGUAGGUAACCCACCACCCACACCCACCUGGACCAUAGAUGGCAGGCACAUAGAGAAAAAUGGCAGGUUCAGUCAGGAGGUGGAUGGGUCACUAAUGCUCCGUGGGGUAGAAAGGGGUGACCGAGGGAAUUACACAUGCUCCAUUCACAGUGUCCGUAAACACCCCUAUGUCCACACUUCCACCACCUACACCCUCCAUGUUCAAGUGCCCCCUAGUGCUCCUUCUGUCCACAUUGCUGAUGCUACAGCCUCUACACUGAUGGUGUCAUGGACAGCAGGGGACAAAGGUGGAGCAGCAGUGCGGUCAUGGGCAGUAUGGUGGCGGGCAGCCACAGGUGGUGGUUCCUGGUACACUCGAGAGUUAGGCCGCACACACUCUAAAUAUAUAAUCACUGACCUUCAGUGUGGAGCUGAGUAUCAGGUAUAUGUGACAUCUCGGACGCAUGUGGGUGUAUCACCGCCCUCACGCCCAUUAACAGCCAGAACAUCAGGGUUACCUCCUGUGGCCCCACCCACUCGACAUGUAGCAUCAGGCAACAGCACAGGGAUCUGGGUGUGGCUGGGCAGAUGGAGUGACGGUGGCUGUCCUAUCACCCACUUCACUCUUGAGCUGCGACGACCCAGAGACUCCACCUGGACUACACUGGCAAGCAGCUUGGCCCCACAGGAAGUUUAUGAAGUGGGUGGCCUCCGCACUGGUGCAACAUUUGGCCUCCGCCUGACAGCGCACAAUGCUGCUGGGGCCACCACAACCACCGUCAACACUAGCACUGGUCCUGGGGGUGGUCUGGGGGCACAGUCACCUGGGGGUCUGGAGGAAGCACCCCACAACCCCUUGCACACUGACCCCCGUCUCCUGGCUUCAGCAGCAGCAUCAGCAUUAGCACUUGCUCUCACUGUUGCUGCCGCCGUCCUCUGCCUUAGGAGACGAGCAGCAGCAGGGCGCAGCAGUCGGGCAUCACAAGAAGAUCAGGAGGUGGAAGAGAACAAGACCAACCUCCUGCAACAGCGUGAUGCCUAUUAUGCCACCGUCAGGAAACCCCAGCCUGUACCUGCCACCCUAGAGCGAAUACCAGGUACCAGGGAAAAGGAGACAGAGUACUCUGAGGACAUCUAUCCAUACGCGACCUUCCAGUUGGGCGAGGGUCGUGGUGGAGGUGGUCAGGACGACACCGCGACUGCCAAGUUCCAGACCUUUGUCUUCCAGGAUGCUCGCUAUGGAGUUACUGAGGGCCGACCCCCUACCUCGCCCAGUCGCCCCACGCCCAUAAAGACCCAUGGGCGUAGCCGAAGUCAUGGGCGAGGUGUGGGCGGUCCUCGAAGUGAAAGUGAAGAGUAUGACUCCCUGCAGUCCGACACCGACACGGAGCAUGCCACCUCCUCCCGCACCGAGUCCUCUAUCCACCUGGACUCGGCGACCUUGGAGAAUCAGGCCACUCUCCACCUGCCUCUUGACCCCCACCUGGCCACGCUAGAAGGCCGUCCAGAGGUCCAUGCUGCCCAUGGCUCUCGUAAGGCUGCAACCAGGAAUGUCCAUCAUAAUCUCAUCUACCAUGCGCCGGAGUCGAGCACCUCAACAGAACCUUCACCGAUCUUGGAGCGCAAGUCUUUUCCACGUAAGACAGAAGGGAGCAAAGUGUCACGGGUGGGUGCCUUCAGCAACCGUGGCCUCAACAAAAUGGCUGCUAGCAUCAGAGGGGUUACUCAGGAGACCAGCCUUUCCUUCCCCAAAAAAAUGGGUCAUGGGUCAGACCCAAAGAGCUCGGACGAUGGCAAGUACGGCUUCACGCGGAAGAUCACGCCACCUGUGGGCUUUUCCAGCAGCCAUAAUGAAUUGUCAGAGGCUGAGUGUGAUCUGGAGAUAAGAAAGAGAAAUAAUGAGAGUGAGGCAGCCUCUGGUUCCUACAUCGGUCAUUCCAGAUCACAGUUUAGGUCGUAUGUUUCUGGUCGAAACAAUAAAGAUUACAGUAUUAAGGUAUAAUUUGAUUAGACUGGUAUGAUAAGUGACAUUGUAAGAACUUUUAAUGAAAGUUUAUUUUACAGUGUACUGUACGGCAUUGUAACAUGAGAAAACAAUUAUUGAUAUCCUGUGUUUGUUAUAUGUGAUGGGGCAAAUUGAAACAAUAAUGACAGUAUUAAGCACUGUUCCUAUUUCAGUUUUCAGUAAAUUUGUUUUUUGUUUAAAGGUGUAAUGAAUGACUGUAAACAACUUCAAUUUAAUUUGAUUAAGAGAAUUAGCCAUUUAUUUGCAUUUUUGAUACUGGUGAAAGAAUGGCUCUUGAGACUACAGUCCAAUUUCUGACAAACUUGUAAUAAAAUGAGGCUUUUCCCUGAAUCUGUCCACAUCAGGGAUUGUUGCUAGAAGAAAAUGGAGAUUAGCCAUUAAGCUAGGAAAGACUUGUCCAAUACCAAGGGUAUGGUACCAUUACUGUUAUUACAGUUGUGAUUAAAUUGUAUCAUGGGAAAAAUACUUCUCUAGCCAGCCAUCUCUACAUUUGUGCAUCAUCUCGGAUACGUACUGUAUUACACUAUGUGUACUUCAAAGUCCAGCACAGACAAAAAUUGAUCUCUUAUCUUUAUACAUGCAUUUUCCAUUAACACUCUUGGGUCUGGGUAGGCGCUAUACCGCGAGACGCUCGGGGUCCGGCAUGUUACUCACCACAUGAGAGAUAUUUGUACGUAAUGAAUCAUAGCAAGCUUGCAUUUUGAGAUAAAAAGGUGGGAUUUAUUGCAUUAGCAUUGUAAAUAAAUUAUUUACAAAGUUUUAUAUAAGUAAUCACAAUAAAAUAAUUAUUUCUAUACAUAAGUAUGAGUAGAACACAAAAUUUUUGUUUAUGCUUAAUGAAAAUGUUUAUACAUCACUUUAUAUCUUCAUUAUUUCAUGUGAUUGCAAUAUGAGCCUUAUUUUGUUAUAAAGUAUACAUAUUCAGGAAAAAAUAGUUAAAGAAAGGUUGUUAAAAAAUGAAUAUUUCGCUUGGGAGAGGCAUCGCACUAUCACCACAUGGUGUAGUUUUUUUUGCACUUUUUACGUUUUAACACCCCUCCACCCUCGUCAGCAACACGAGGCAUGGUUCAAAACUCUUACAAAACCUUUUAAGAAUAAAGGAAAUCACUGUGAUGUACGAGAAAUUGGCACAAGCUGCAAGAAACUGCAUGGGAAAUGUAGAUCGUUAUAUCCUAGGUCCUUUAAACACAAAAGGGAAAUGGCGUGGUAACCUUGAAGUGCAGUCUACAUAGUUUGCCAGAUCGCACUGACAUUGCCAAUUGUGUGUCUAGUGUUUGUACGCAAAAAAAAAAUUUUAUUUAAAUUUUUUACUUCAUAAACAAAUUUUCAUAUGAAUACCCUAAAGCGAUAAUUUUGAUCAUAUGCAAUUUUGCAUAUGAAAACCCCAAGAGUGUUAACAUAAAUGUGAGGAAACAGAAGAGUUUUUCAAAAAAUUAUCCUGACCAUGUUGGAUACUGUGUAGUUGAUGUGCUUGAAAUAUAUGAAAUUGCAUAAAACCAAACAAUAUUAUAUACUGUACAGUACUGUAAAGAUUAUUAAGGCUCUCUGUUUAUGUAGUACAAUAUUAAAUGUUUGCUGACAGUUUUGUACAAUAUAGCCCAUGCAGUUUGGAAUCUCAGUAGGUUAUCUUAGUUUUUUACUGUAAUACAUAGAUGUCAUCACAUAAGGCCAGUACUUGUGUUCUCUUUUUGUAACCCUUUUGUACCAGGAGUUGGAAGGUUGUCAGUGAGCAUUUUGACUGUAAAAAAUAUUGAGUGUGUUCUUAAUGUUCCUGUGAUACUGUCAGAGUUGCUGUGAAAUACAGUAAUAUUAUUGUAGGAUUCACUGUUCCAUCAUGUGUCAUUGUUUUUUUUAAAUAAUAUAAAUGAUUAU